AUGAACUUCCGCUCGACAUCCAGGAUCGCCAUCAACCUCACCCGGGCUGCUGCACCCGCUGCGAGCCUGUCGUCAAAGUUUGUCAAGAUCGUCGAGGUCGGGCCUCGUGAUGGUCUUCAGAAUGAAAAGUCGGUCAUUCCGGCCGAGACCAAGAUCGAGUUCAUCAACCGUCUCUCCGACACUGGACUCUCCGUCGUCGAGGCCACCAGCUUUGUCUCCCCAAAGUGGGUUCCCCAGAUGGGAGACGCUAAGAAGGUGAUUACGUCGAUCAAGCACAAGGACGGCGUCAGUUAUCCUUGCCUGACCCCUAAUAUCAAGGGUUUGGAUGCCGCCAUUGAAGCGGGUGUUAAGGAGGUAGCCGUCUUCUUGGCGGCCUCGGAAUCAUUCAGCAAAAAGAACAUCAACUGCACAAUCGAGGAGAGCUUUGAGAGAGUCAAGCCAUUGAUCGCUAAGGCUAAGGAACACGGAAUCCUGGUUCGCGGAUAUGUCUCUUGCGUGGUAGGAUGUCCCUAUGAGGGCCCGAUCUCACCAAAGAAGGUGGCCGAGGUAUCAAAGAAGCUGUAUGAAAUGGGAUGCUAUGAGAUCUCAUUGGGCGAUACCAUUGGAGUUGGCACACCUGGUACCUUCCAGGACCUGCUCGAGGCGGUCUCGCAGGGUGUGCCUGUAAAGGCUCUCGCUGUUCAUUGCCACGAUACCUAUGGCCAGGCCCUCGCCAAUAUCCACUGUGCUCUUGAUAUGGGCGUUCGUGUGGUGGAUAGUUCGAUGGCAGGAUUGGGUGGAUGUCCCUAUGCGCCUGGAGCGUCUGGAAAUGUGGCGACGGAGGAUGUGGUGUACAUGUUGCAGGGCAUGCAAUACGAGACCGGAGUGGAUUUGAAGAAGGCAAUCGACACUGGAAACUGGAUCGCGGAGCGUUUGGGGAAGGCAAAUGGAUCGAAGGCUGCGAGGGCGCUCACCUUGAAAGCUCUUUCGGCCGCGGCCGCUGCUUGUCCACCCACUCCCGAAUCCCCCGUCAAGAGUAAACUGUAG